GUUUCAAUCUGGCAUGAAUAUCCCACCUGAUGUUGCACAAGAAACUGGUAAUGUCUCAUUGUCAUCAACUAGCUCUCAUUCUGGUUCGUUGCCUGCUCCUACUUCUUCAAGUUCCACAAUGAAUCUAUUAUCAGCUCCUAAUAUGGGCACAACAACUUCAUGGGUUCCUACUGCCCCAUCUUUUAAUUUGACUUCUGGAAUGCCUGGAACUCCUGGGACCCCUGGCCCCCCAGGAAUAGCACACCCUGUGCAAAUAUCCUUUAAUCCGACUGCACCGUCUGCACCCAUUGAUUCUUCUUCUGUAGCCCUUAGACCUAGCAUGCAAAUAGCUCCUGUCGCGUCAUCAGCUGUUCAGCCACAAGUAGGCGCUCCUUACCCAUCUUUAUCUUCUAUGGGCGCUCCUCCUCAGGGAGUCUGGUUGCAGUCCCCACAGAUAGGAGGCUUUCCUAGGCCACCGUUUUUGCCAUAUCCUGCUGCUUUUCCUGUUCCCUUUCCUUCGCCUGCACAUGUUAUGCCUCUCCCUUCUGUUCCUUUACCCGAUUCUCAGCCUCCCGGUGUCACCCCUGUGGGAAAUACUGCAGCAAUUUCUUCGCCUUCUGCUGCUUCUGGUCAUCAACUGGCUGGCUUUUCAGGGAUACAGAUAGAAUUACCUCUUCCUGAUAACAGGAAACAAUCCCAUGAUGCAGGCAACGAGAAUAGAGCUUCUGUUAAUGAACAAUUGGAUGCCUGGACUGCCCACAAGACAGAGACAGGAGUUGUAUACUAUUAUAAUGCUUUGACCGGUGAAUCAACUUAUGAUAAGCCCCCUGGAUUUAAGGAGGAGAACACCUUGUUGUGUCCACAUUCCAAUAUAAGUGGUGAGAAAGUGGACCAUAUUCUUCUUCAUAUCCCUCCUGAUAAGGUCUCUAUGCAGCCAACUCCAGUUUCAACGGUAAAUUUAUCUGGAACUGAUUGGGUAUUGGUCACAACAAGUGAUGGGAAAAAGUUUUACCAUAAUAGCAAAACCAAGGUAAGCAGCUGGCAGAUCCCGAAUGAAGUGAUAGAAUUGAGAAAGAAGCAGGAUGCUGAUGUACCAAAAGAACAUCCAGUAUCAAUCCCCAAUAACAAUGUAAUGACUGAAAAAGGAUCUGCUCCGAUUAGUUUGACUGCUCCAGCCAUUAACAUGGGUGGUCGUGAAGCCAUGGCUUUUAAACCAUCAGCUGUGCAGGGAACAUCAUCUGCACUUGAUUUGAUUAAGAAGAAGUUGCAGGAUUCUGGAGCUCCUGUUACUUCCUCACCAGUUCCAGCACCAUCAGAAUCAAAUGGUUCAAGAGGAGUUGAGAGUACACCUAAGGGCCAGCAAAGCGAUAAUAGUAAAGAUAAGCUAAAAGACAUCAAUGGGGAUGGCAACUUGUCUGAUUCCUCAUCAGAUUCUGAGGAUGCAGACAGUGGGCCAACAAAGGAGGAGUGUAUUACCCAAUUCAAGGAGAUGCUUAAGGAACGAGGAGUGGCACCAUUCUCGAAGUGGGACAAGGAACUGCCAAAGAUAGUGUUUGAUCCACGAUUUAAGGCCAUUCCAAGUCAUUCAGCUAGGAGGUCGUUGUUUGAGCACUAUGUUAAAACACGUGCAGAGGAAGAAAGAAAGGAAAAAAGAGCAGCUCAGAAGGCUGCAAUAGAGGGAUUUAAGCAGCUAUUGGAUGAAGCAUCAGAGGAUAUUGAUCAUAACACCGAUUACCAAAGUUUCAGAAAGAAAUGGGCCAAUGAUCCACGCUUUGAGGCUUUAGAUCGAAAGGAUCGUGAGCAUUUGUUGAAUGAAAGGGUCCUUCCAUUGAAGAGGGCUGCUGAAGAAAAGGCUCAAGCAGCGCGUGCUGCUGCUUCAACUAGUUUUAAGUCCAUGCUUCAAGAAAAAGGAGAUAUUACUGUUAGUUCUCGUUGGUCCAGGGUGAAAGAUAGUCUGCGGAAUGACCCAAGAUACAAAUCUGUUAGGCAUGAGGAUAGGGAAAUAUUAUUCAAUCAGUAUAUAUCUGAUCUAAAAGCUGUGGAGGAGGAAGCAGAACGAGAGGCAAAAGCUAAGCGGGAUGAGCAGGAGAAACUGAGGGAAAGGGAGCGAGAAUUGAGGAAGAGGAAGGAAAGAGAAGAACAAGAAACGGAGAGGGUGCGACUGAAAGUUCGCAGGAAGGAGGCAGUUGCUACUUUUCAAGCUUUACUUGUGGAAACAAUUAAAGAUCCUCAGGCAUCUUGGACAGGAUCUAAACCUAAAUUGGAAAAGGAUCCACAAAGGCGUGCAGCCAACCCCGACUUAGAACCAUCUGACAUGGAAAAGCUCUUCCGGGAACACAUAAAGAGGCUAAAUGAGCGAUGUGCGCAUGAGUUCAGAGCUCUGUUGGCUGAAGUCUUGACUGCAGAAGCAGCGUCCCAGGAGACCGAAGAUGGAAAAACCGUUCUAAAUUCGUGGUCCACAGCAAAACGUCUUCUAAAGCCAGAUCCUAGAUACAAUAAGAUGGCAAGAAAAGAGAGGGAAGUGUUGUGGCGACGAUAUUCCGAAGAAAUGCUACGGAAGCAAAAGUCAGCACUUGAUCACAAGGAAGACAGGAAAACAGAUGCUAAAAGUAGAAGCUCUGUUGACGGUGGAAGAGUUCCCUUUGGAUCUAGGGGUACCCAUGACCGAAGCUGAUGUUUUGGUUAGAAUUUAGAGACUAGGCGUUCAAUUUGUUUUGCCCAAGUCCUGAUUUUCAUAAUUUUGACUUGAGUAGGAGAGGAUACAGACACAAACCGACGCUGCUGUAUUAUAAGUUGUAUAAUAUUUUUGAAGUGAUUAAGCUGAUUUUACUAGCUUAUUAUUUGUAAUGUUACAAGUUUUACUAUUUAAGCUGAGCUUUCCAAGUAAUUGUAAUGCUAAAGAAGAAAAAGAAAUGUCCCAGCAUCCCUAGCCUACAAAUUUUAUUCAAGAAGUAAUUUGUCCA